UAUUUGUUUUAUGGAAGAAAUUCGUGAAGUUUCCCCUUCGCUCUACAAAUAGGAUGCAUAUAAUUCUGUUCACCGCUCUUGUUGACAGUACUGAUGUUUGGAAAUUUAAUGUACGAAAAUGAAGUUUAGUUCCGAAAAUGGAAGUCUAUCCAUUCUCUGUGUCACCGCAAUCAUUAUUGGGAUUUUUGUCUCGGUUCCUGCUCAGCCAGGAUUCCUCAACAUUGAUUGCGGGGGGAUAAGAAAUUCCAUUGAUUCAGAGACGAAUAUGACCUGGAUUGUAGAUGCUAACUAUAUAGAUGUUGGCAAUACAGCAAAAUUUUCUAUGCCAAAUACACCAUUCCACAUGAAAUCUCUAAGGUUUUUCCCAAAACCUCUAAAUAAGUCUUGUUAUCGGUUGCCUGCGAGACCGAACGUAAACUACCUCUUGAGACUCUCGUUUCUGUUUGGUAAUUACAAGGAAUUCCAAACACAUCCCAGGUUUAAUUACUCCGUUGAGACGGAGGGAUUUCUUACUCACAGGACCCGGAUAAUUACCUAUGCGGAAGAUACACAGACGACUGGUGAAAUGAUCUUAACAAGUCCCAAUGGUGUAUUUCACGUUUGCUUGAUUCGAAGUUUCGACGACACAGAUCCUUUUAUCUCUGCAAUUCAGUUGAGAAGUCUUGUGAGUGGUAUGUACGGUUUGCAAGUGAAGCCCGGCAUAAUGUUGCGCAUAUUGGAACGAAUUGAUGUUGGUAACAAAUCACCCAAGCCUAUCAGGUAUCCUCAGGAUGAAUUCGAUCGCUUUUGGUAUUCAGACAACGAUUUACGUUUAGGGACCAGUAAUCUAGCAAUAUCCAAACGUUCGGUGGACUUCUGCAGCACAAAAAAUAAUAGCAGGAAUUUCCCUCCGACAGUGGUGUUGCAGACAGCGCUUAUAGCGGAAACAGCUACACAGCCUUUGGUUUUCUAUCUAGAUGCAGUGGAAGGCCAAAACUUAAUUGUUCUAUACUUUGCAGAGAUCGAGGUUCUGAAUGCUUCUGAAUAUAGGAAAUUCAAAAUUGUGAUAAAUAAUAUAGUAGUUGGCAAUAUAAGAUUGGAUGUGAAAAAUAAUUUUGUAGAACUGCCGGUGACAUACAACAACACUGGAGUGUUUAUAAAAGUUUCUAUCGAGACUAUUGAAGAUGAGCCUGGUAAAUCUAGCCGCAGAGCACUCAUUAACGCUCUCGAGUAUUAUAAAAUAGUCCCCACCGAGCUGCUCACUGAUGCAAUCGAUGUUAGUGCGCUUUUCUCUAUUAAAACCACUUUUGGCAUGAAGAACUGGACAUCUGAUCCUUGCUUUUGUAUUGCGUGGGAGGGAAUCACAUGCAACGAAAACCACACAGUUAGAGUUGUAGAACUCGAUCUAUCGGGAAGGAAUCUGUCUGGAUCGGUACCAAGUCGUAUCAACGACUUAAUUGAAUUGAGAAGCAUUUCCUUCCAGGACAACCAUUUAUCAGGAUUUCUACCAGAUCUGUGCAACUUAGCAAGAUUGGAGAUACUGCGACUUCAGGACAACAAUUUCAGUGGUAUCGUCCCAGACUGUCUGUCCAAAUUGAAAGAUUUAAAGGAAUUAAAUCUAGAGAACAAUAAUUUCAGCGGAGUUUUACCCCAAGCGCUUAUGUGCAAUAGAUUAUUGGACCUUAGGUACUCUGGGAAUCCAUAUCUCCACAAAGUUGAAAAUCAAUGCCACUCCAAGGAAAACAAAAUUAAGGUCGUGGUUGUACCAGUAAUAGGUGCUCUCCUCGGUGGUUCGCUGGUGGUGAUAUUUGUCAUUAUGUACCGACGGAGAAGAUGGAUGAAGGCAAAAGGUAAGAUGAAUCAUCACCCAUUAGAUGUAGGUUUAAUAGAGAUCAUGGAACCAAACACCUCGAGUUGCCGUUCAUUCAGUCUGUUGGAGAUGAAAACAGCCACAAUCAAUUUCAGGCAAAAGAUCGGAGAGGGCGGUUUCGGAAGUGUUUACUUUGGCAGGUUACCUGAUGGAAUGGAUGUGGCUAUAAAGCUGCUCUCCUCCUCCUCAAAACAAGGACUGGCAGAGUUCCUGAACGAGAUCAAUCUCCUAUCUCGAGUAAAUCACAGGAAUUUGGUGUCUUUGAUUGGCUACUGCAACGACUCGAAGGAACUUAUGCUUGUGUAUGAACAUUUGUGUGGAGGAUCUCUUAAGGACCACCUCUACGGAUCUCUAUCAAACAUUUCUACACUUGAUUGGAAAACUAGACUUCGCGUAGCUCUAGACGCUGCUCAAGGACUGGAAUACCUGCAUGUAAGCUGCACACCAAAAAUCGUUCAUAGAGAUGUGAAAAGCUCAAACAUCCUCCUCGACACCAAUAUGCGGGCAAAAUUGGCAGAUUUCGGUCUUUCAAAAAUCAUUGGCGAUGACGUAAUCUCAAGCCACAUAACAACAACCGUCAAAGGAACUGUGGGAUACUUAGAUCCAGAGUAUUUUUAUACGAAUAAGUUAACAGAGAGAAGCGAUGUAUAUAGCUUUGGGGUAGUUUUGUUGGAGAUGAUAUGCGGGAGGAAAGCAAUUAAUCCAGAGCUAUGUGAAGAGGAGAUAAGCCUUUUGAAAUGGGUAAUGCUUAAUGUCGAGGGGAACGACGAUUAUGAUGGUCCACUGAAAGGCAUCAUAGACCACAAGUUGUGUAUGUCUGAUAUCGACAUGAAAUCUCUCUAUCCUGUAUUUAAUCUGUCGCUUAAAUGCAUUCAGACUGAAGGAUCCAAGAGGCCGACCAUAACUGACAUAGUAAUACGGAUAAAAGAAGCCAUGGAUAUAAUUAUGUCCGAAUAUUCAACUGAAGUGAUAAAUGAGCCUCUGUGCUCCGCUGAAUGUUGCUAUUGUAGCCAAUCUCAGUUCGGUCAUGACAUAACAAUCCAAAUUCUCUAUGGCCGUGCUUUCAAACAUUUAAAAGUACUGUAGGAAUUUUACAUUCCAAUUUAAUCUGAAGGGACUACGGUUAAAACAAACAGUCUUCUGAAUUGCAUCUGAAGCUUCUUUAGAAGAAGUAGGUUUUGAUUAUUUCAGGAAUAGAAUUAUAUUAUUUCUUGAUUUGACC